UGUAGGAAUGACAAUCAAGGUACUGUUCCUGAAUUGAACAAUAUAGCUGUGUAGCUAUGCUCUUUGGCCAACCACCAUAAUAAUAAAAAAAACGGUGCUUAUCUAUGUCUAUGUCUAACAAAGCUGAGGACACACACACAGUGCUUUUGUUCAUGCUGGGAUCCUGAGUGCUGGGGUUCAGAGCAGGCAGGCAACUGAGCCCAGUCUUUCAGACUUGUGCAUUCUCAGGAACGUGCCUGGAGUGGACAAAUCAUGCUCAUUGGGUGGGAGAGGGACUCAGCACUGUACCCAAGAUGAAGGAGGAGAGGAGGAAGACUUCCUUGAAAGAAGACACAGCCAUUCCUUUGCUAUUUUCACUCAUCCUCCUCCUUCUUUUCCAGGCAGGUAAGUGAACACUUUCAAACUUUAUGACUUGCUUUUUGGGAAACAUAAUGCGGUAAAGAACUAGUGGCUGAAUCAGGAAAUAAGUUUCAAGUAAGAGUAGUUUGAAUGAAUAGAUAUGUGACUAAAUUGGCAAAAAUGUUUAUCACAUAGUAGUCAGGGAAUAUGUGAUAACGCGAUCAAGUAGUGGCGCAGUGGUCUAAGGCACUGCAUCGCAGUGCUAGCUGUGCCACUAGAGAUCCUGGUUUGAAUCCAGGCUCUGUCGUAGCCGGCCGCGACCGGGAGACCCAUGGGGCGGCGCACAAUUGGCCCAGCGUCGUCCAGGGUAGGGGAGGGAAUGGCCGGCAGGGAUGUAGCUCAGUUGGUAGAGCAUGGCGUUUGCAACGCCAGGGUUGUGGGUUCGAUUCCCACGGGGGGCCGGUAUGAAAAAAUAAAAAAUAAUGUAUGCACUCACUAACUGUAAGUCGCUCUGGAUAAGAGCGUCUGCUAAAAUGUAAAUGUAUAUUUGAGAUUUACAUAGCUGUCUUAUUUCAAUUCUCAAAUUGUUUCACAUUGUUUUGUUAGCAAAUUCAUUUCAAAAUGUAUUUGUUUUAUAAUACAUAAUUUGGUUGUAACCAUUAUUCCUUUAUGUACUUGAUCAUUGAAUUAAAUACUAUGUUAAAGUAGGUUUCAUUGGCCCAUGCAGUGAGAGUUGUUUUGUCCUGGUGUACCCUCUGUGCGGAUUAGCUCCAAGGCACAGGUCUACUCAGCCAAACAGCUGUAGUAAAAGGAGCCUGGGUGAGCUGAGCUGUUGAUGGGAGGUAAGUGGGGGAAGCAUAGGUUAAGCAUUAUUAUAUUACGAGAAGAGGCUUUGGGGGACUUGGAGUUGGAGCCCAGGCGAGGCAGUGAUGGUGGUGGUGUCUCUGCAUUAUGAGCCUGGCUCAGCCUGCUUCUGCUGUGUGGCUGUCUGUUAUGUCAUUGUGGCCAUCCACUAUUAGCAGAAUCACUGAACCCUUGUGUCUCCUGCUUCUACAAUCACAAAGAGCAUGUCUCUCCCAGUGGCUUUUUAUACCACGGGAGGGAGGAAAUCAGUCCAACAAUCCUGGCCUUUGUCUGCCUCUCCCUUGGCAACCUCCUUCAGGCUGAAAAUUGUUGCCACGGCGAUCGAGCGAUGCCAUGCAGACACGCUACAGGGAGCAGAGCUGUGGCCGAGGAGGGUCGGUGCCAGGCGCUCUCUCUCUCUCUCUCUCUAUUGCCCCAGCAUGACAUGCAACAGCCCAUCCAUUAGGUACAGCGCCCAUCAGUGGCUCUAGCCUAUGGCUACAUGUGGUCAAGGAUGUGGUGACUUACAGGAAACUCCACUGUGAGCAUAAUGGCGUUACUGUGUGUGGUUUCCAGGGCAGAACGAGACUCUAAAGGAUGAUAUGUGGGUUAUGUUGUAAACCAUCCUCCUGUAUGCUCAAGGGGGAUCCAUUAAUGGUACACAAAUCAAAACAGAUUAAAUACGUUGGGCUUGUUUGGAGAGGUCCUUACCUGUUAUUGAAUUUUCACUGAAUGAUUGAUUGCGGUAAUAAUGAGGAAGUUUGAGGGCGCCAUUUUGAGUAGUCUUGAUUUCAAAAGUCUGCUUUCAAGAAUGAAAGUUAGAUCUAUUCCUGGACUAAUUUAGGGAAUGGAGUGAAAACUAUAGGCCCAUAUCUGACUUUAUUUUGUACCGUAUAUCUCUGAACGCAUAUAAAGACAAAAGACAAAACAGAAUGUUCCAAACUCGUUAUUAGGACCUCAUAUUAGAGCAGAUCACUCUGCUUGUAGUGAAUGUGGUUACAGUAAUCAACCACUUACAGCCAUCAAAUCGUCCUGCAUGCAUGUGAUCACUAUAUCCUGCACUGUAUAGUCUGCCACAGUGUUCACUGAACGUCAUGUGUUGGGCUGUGUCCAUGCAGUCAGAGUAGCCGGCGUCAACAUCACCAGUCAGGCCCAUCUGGUCCGAGGCACGUUGGGUGGUGAGGCCCUCCUCUCCGUCAGCUACACCAGCACCAGCUCCGACCAACCGGUCAUCAAGUGGCAGCUGAAGAGGGACAAGCAGCAGCCCGUCACCGUAGUCCAGUCCAUAGGCACCAGCAUCAUUGGGAACCUGCGGCCCGAGUACAGGGACCGUAUCAUGGUGUUUGAGAACGGCACCUUGCUCCUCCACAACCUGCAGCUGUCUGACGAGGGGGCCUAUGAAGUGGAGAUCUCCAUAACGGAUGAUGCCUUCACUGCGGAGCGCAACAUCAACCUCACCGUAGAUGGUAGGAAGGUUUCCUGUGUAGCUCAUUUGGUAGAGCAUGGCGCUUGCAACGCCAGGAUAGUGGGUUUGAUUCCCAGGAUCACCAUACAUAUGUAAAAGAUUUAGGCACGCAUGACUGUAAGUUGCUUUGGAUAAAAGUUUCUGCUAAAUGGCAUAUUUAGUUACUAUUUCAGUGAUUGAUAUUGUAUUUACAAUACGGCUCAGGCUCAGGCUACAAUAUCAAAUAAACAGUCCAACAACUGACCAACUAUUGACCUUAGUGACCUUAGUGAAUCACAUAAUGCUAUUCCAGACUGAGGUGUAAGGCUAAAAGUGUGGUCACACUUUGAACAAAGUAUAUCCUAUAACAGCCUUUAUAAGUUAUUUGUAAGGCCUACUUUAAAGAGUAGGUAGCUUGUUAUUUCUUCACAAAUCAUUUACUUGUAUAAGCAAAUGCCAUACCAUAUAAACAGUGGAAUACGGGUUAUGUCUCCUGUAGUGAAUUUAUUUGACAUGUUGUUGUGUAUUGUCCCCACAGUACCUGUGUCCAGACCCUACGUCCAAAUGAUAGCCUCCUCGGUGCUGGAGUUGAGUGAACUCUUCACCUUACACUGUUCCCAUGGCGAUGGCACCAAGCCCACCUAUGGCUGGCUGAAAGGGGGCAAGGUGCUAACCAAUGACUCGCGCCUGCUCCUGUCACAUGACAUGAAGCAUCUGACCAUCGCCCGGGUGCUGAUGUCAGACGAUGACAUCUACAGUUGUAUGGUGGAGAACCCAAUCAGUAGCAUGAGGAGUGUGCCUGUCAAACUCACCGUCUACAGUAAGUAGAACUACAGUCGUAGUACUUCAAAUCAAAUCACAUUGUAUUUGCAACAUGCGCCGAAUACAACAGGUGUAGACCUUAGAGUGAAAUGUUUCCAAGCCCUUAACCAACAACGCAGUUUUAAGAAAAAUAAGUGUUUGGUAAAAAAUAGAUAAGUUAAAAAUAACAAAUAAUUAAAGAGCAGCAGUAAAAUAAAAUAACAGUAGGGAGGCUAUAUACAGGGGGUACCGGCACAGAGUCAAUGUGCGGGGGCACUGGUUAGUCGAGGUAAUUGAUGUAAUAUGUACAUGUGGGUAGAGUUAAAGUGACUAUGCAUAGAGAAUAAACAGAGAGUAGCAGCAGCGUUCAGGAGUCUUAUGGCCUGGGGGUAGAAGCUGUUAAGAAGCCUUUUGGACCUAGAAUUGGCGCUCCGGUAUCACUUGCCGUGCAGUAGCAGAGAGAACAGUCUAUGACUAGGGUGGCUGGAGUCUUUGACAAUUUUUAGGGCCUUCCUCUGACACCACCUGGUAUAGAGGUCCUGGAUGGCAGUGAUGUACUGGGCCGAAGGCACUGCCCUCUGUAGUGCCUUGCGGUCGGAGGCCGAGCAGUUGUCAUACCAGGCAGUGAUGCAACCAGUCAGAAUGCUCUCGAUGGUGCAGCUGUAUAACUUUUUGAGGAUCUGAGGACCCAUGCCAAAUCCUACGGGGGAAUAGGCUUUGUCGUGCUCUCUUCACGGCUGUCUUGGUGUGUUUGGACCAUGAUAGUUUGUUGGUGAUGUGGAAACCAAGGAACUUGAAGCUCUCAACCUGUUCCACUACAGCCCCGUCGAUGAGAAUGGGGACAUGCUCAGUCCUCUUUUUUUUCCUGUAGUCCACGAUCAACUCCUUUGUCUUGAUCACGUUGAGGGAGAGGUUGUUAUCCUGGCACCACACGGCCAGGUCUCUGACCUCCUCCCAUAGGCUGUCUCAUCGUUGUCGGUACCACUGUUGUGUCGUCGGCAAACUUAAUGAUGGUGUUGGAGUCAUGCCUGGCCGUGCAGUCAUGGGUGAACAGGGAGUACAGGAGGGGACUGAGCACGCACCCCUGAGGGGCCCCCGUGUUGAGGAUCAGCGUGGCAGAUGUGUUGUCACCUACCCUUACCACCUGGGGGGCGGCCCGUCAGGAAGUCCAGGAUCCAGUUGCAGAGGGAGGUGUUUAGUCCCAGGGUCCUUAGCUUAGUGAUGAGCUUUGAGGGCACUAUGGUGUUGAACGCUGAGUUGUAGUCAAUGAACAGCAUUCUCACGUAUGUGUUCCUCUUGUCCAGGUAGGAAAGGGCAGUGUGGAGUGCAUUAGAGAUUGCAUCAUCUGUGGAUCUGUUGGGGCGGUAUGCAAAUUGGAGUGGGUCUAGGGUCUAAGAAUUCUGGGAUAAUGGUGAGGCCUACUUUAGGAUUAGUGUGCUCCUUAGUAAGCAUAUUUAUCUUGAUUGCUUCAGCAUGUACCUGUCAGGGAAAAGUUGAAAUACAAGUUAAUUCUGAAGAAACUUAAUUGACCGACCGAUCAACCUGACCGGACAGGACCAGACCAGUGAAAAGCUUGAGUUAUUUAUGAGGGCAAGGAGAUAAAGGAAACCUGUGGAGCUGAGGUCUUGCCCAGGUGGAGCACACUAAUCCUUACUUCAUUAUUCCCUACCUGAGACAAUAGCUGUGUACCAAAUGGCACCCUAUUCCGUUUAUAGUGCACUACUUUUGACCAUGAUCCAUAGGGCUCUGGUCAAAAGUAAGUAGUGCAAUAUAUAGGGAAUAGGGUGCCAUUUGGGUCGCAAUCACAGUGUGACAAGAUAUCAGCUAGCCCAGUAAGGGUCCUGUAUUCUCUCCGUACAUACAGCCCUGUACAAAGCCUCAAAGCAGUCCCUUUCAAUCCCAGCUUUCACACACAGACUUGGCUGGCACAGCUAGUGCUGGAAAACCUUAGCCUGGUUCCAGAUCUGUUUGUGCAGUCUUGCCAACUCUUAUGGUCAUUGUUGCGCCAAACGUUGGCAAGACAUCACAAACAGAUCCACUACCAGGCUAGGAGAACCUAGCAUUUUUACUCAUUCUGGAACGGUUCCAUUUUAUGAGAUGUUAUUGGGGCCUCCACUAAAAGUUCUACAGUGGACUGUGUAAAGAUAGGCCUAUAUUAGAGAAAGAGGAGAGUGGAGCUAAUUUCCAGAGCCCGAGAGGUGACAUCUUUGUCUAGUCCGAGUGGACUCUUUGCUUGUACAGUGGUGAAGUGGUUGCGGUUUGUGAGAAAGGGCUACUCUGUUGACCAUAAGCUUCAUUCCUUUGCUAGGACGGAGUUCCCUGUAUAUCAUCCUUUCCACCGGGGGCAUUUUCCUCCUCAUCACCCUGGUGACUGUGUGCGCCUGCUGGAAGCCCUCCAAAAAGUAAGAGCUCCACAUUGUGCCUCCAUCUCCCUAUUUGCUUUGAUAUGCCUCGAGGUCCAGAACUAAGCACUAGGCAAGGAGCAGGCGGCUAGAAUCUUAAUGCCCUGGCCUAGCUCUCUACUACUCUGCAGUUCUGCAGAUGCAUGUCCAAUGUUACACUAAGGUUCUGACACUGAUAGCAUCGUGUGGGAUGGAUUCUAUCUCUGUUGUUUACAAUGCAAUGAUAAUGGUAUCCCACUAGCCUGGUGCCUGAACUGUUUGUGCUGUAUAGCCUACUCCUAUGGUCAUUGUCAAUGUUGUGGCUAUACAGCACAAACAGAUCUGGGACCAGGCUAGAAUUACACUGUAUGCAGUAUUUAAACAAAUCAUUGGGUUUACAUGUUCUUGAGGAUACAGAAACUGAAUGUAAAUGGUCACUACACGAGUCUACAUGUGAAACACUCAUCUCCUACUUGUCUCUCAUUGGGGUUAAGAAAGAAGCGGCGGGCUGACAUGGCAGCCAUGUUGCAGAGAUCUCCAGUAUAUGUAGAGAGGAGUGACAUCAGUCACGAUGGUAAGGAUGUGAGCUUUUGACAGUUAGGUGCUUUUUGCAUGUGUGAUAUUCUUUGUUCCCCACACUAAUUAUUUCAUUUAUGUAUCUAUUUCAGAUAUUUGAAUGCAAACCUUUUUAGAUGGAUAGAUUUCAUGGCAAAGUUAUAGUCAGCACACAUGUUUUGCAGAGUAGGCCUACACUCAGUUUGUGGAGUUGUUCACACAUUCUUUCAUUUGCAGUUGAUGUGGUGCCAAAAACAAUAGCCCAUGGAACACAUGGCCGUAGGAGCCCAAUGGCUCUUUACGUUGUCAAUGAAGAUGUAAGUCACUGAUUUUUCAAUUCGCAAAGACUAGUUUAUUUUCAAGAAUGUUGCUCGUUUUCCAUUAAUAUUUUCUGCUUAACUCUAUUCCUUCAUUGUUGUUGUUCCAGGACAGUCUCAAAGGUGAGGACGAGUGUUCAGCCAACUCCAUCAGCCUCUCAGUCCUCACCCCACCUGGUUACCCCAGCCCCCUCCCACCGUCCUCCCACUCACCUGAGGCACCCACCCGGCCUGUCCGCAAACAUCCCCAUACCCCUGUGCCCUCGCCCCCUGCCACCCCACUCAAGCCCCUUGGCCAGCCACCUGUCAUGCCCUCAGCUCCACCCCCUGGUUCACCUCUACAUGUCCAGAGCUUUGGGCGUAAACUCCGCCCUCCUGUGGGCAUCCCCACCAAUCGACAGACAGAGGAGCCCCCGGCCACCCCAGAGGCCGACGACUAAUGUCUUAAUGACCACCCUCACUCACCUAUCACUGUUUCUACUGUAGAAUUCAUCCACAUCUAUCCAUGGACUUGUUUAUUAUCUUGUCUGUUUAGUUUGGUUUUGGUAUAAAGAUAUUUGUUACACCAGGAUCAACUGCUCUGAUCAUGGUUUCCUUAUACCCCUGGAUGCGUUGUUCUUUUUUCCCACCAAGGUUUAAAAACAUGCAACAUCGUCCAUACUGCACAACACUGCUUUGAGAUUGUUUCAGGUGUGAAUCAACUUGGACCAAUGGCCUCCAUGUAGUCUGACUCUAGAUCACUUUGUGCUUUAGCCAACUCCUCUCUGCUGUGGUGACAAUGAUAGUCAGAGGAGUGAGCUACAACACAUACAGAUCUGGGACCAGGCUAACCCCCAUGGCUAUUCUGAUGAACUCAUGUAACAUCUCCACACACAUUUCUAGUACAGUAUCCACCAAUGGUUUUUCUGGGCAGUCAAUGUAUGGCAGUUGCCACAUGGUAAAGGACAAGGGGGAUGUAAGUGGCCACAGUCAAUUUACACUGGGAUCUGGAUAUGUUAUUACUUGAAAAUUAGGGUAAUGAUAAUGCGUGGAGUGCAAUUUGUUUGAUUUGGUGCUUCCAGUAGACAUACUGAGGAAGGGGGUUGCAAAGAAACUGCCAUCCUAAGCCUUGGACUCAUUAUGUACAUAUGUCAAUAGUGUAUGUAAUGUUCUUAGAAUUGUUUUGGGGACCUUUUACCUCCAAAUACAUUUUUUCAAAUAACAUUUCAUCCUAAAACCGUGUUUCAAUUCCAUGUUUCAAAGUGAAGUAUGCCAUUUUAUAACCUAAAAAAUGGAACAAUAAAUGCUUUGUUGGAAAAUGCC